UCCGGGACAUGUGACAUGUAAGGUGAAGGUCGUAUAACCGGAACUGAAGUUUUCUUAUGAUCCGUGAGUGACGUUUUGUUUUGUUCAUCUCAGACGACGGGAAAACGAGUUCACGCUAGUUGAUAUUGGUCAUAUGUCAAAAUAUAUGACGUGUGGGAAUGGACGUAAUUAAAAUUGACGAUUUUGUGUGUAAUUAAUUAAAGAGGAGCAGGCUGUAGCCCAUUUCAGCUGCGUGGAAUCAGCUGAUUAGAAUUGAACAGAGAAACACUCAAACAGAUCAGGGUCGGAUCGAGAGUCGUCAGAGUCUGUCAGUUUGUCGUUAGUGCGGAGACCUAGAGCGAAUAAUGGACAAACUGACAGCUUUGUCUGGGAUACUGUUUUUCACAGCUGAUGUCUUUGCAAUUGGAAGUCUCGCCAAUCCUGAUUGGAUUGUAACCAGUGUUGCUGGAAAUAUGAGACUUGGUCUCACUCGACAGUGUCAAAUGAUUCAUGGCCGACCGGAGAUCUGCACAUCGCCCCGACUAUCAACUGAGUGGAUGUUCUCAUUUAUUUGUAUCGUGGGUGGGAUUCUGUGCCUGACUGCCACAUGUGCCCUUCUAUUUGCCUCCCACUGGCGGAGGGCAACAGUUCGCUACUCAAGAUGGCUGGCAUUCAUUGGAAUGACCUUGUUUUGCCUUGCUGCCAUUGUGUUCCCUGUGGGUUUCCAUAUCGACGAGAUCGGAGGCCAACCCUACAAGCUGCCCAAUCACACGCAAGUUGGAUCAUCAUAUGUUCUCUUCAUCAUGGCCAUCUUCUUCACGAUCAUCUCCGAACUCUUCACAGGGAAGGUGUGCCUUCCAGUGCUGUGACAAUCAUUCAGAGUUUUGUGGAACAGAGCUGUGUGGAGUUAAUUGAUGACCAACAGUAAACAUAAGACAAUGGGUUGAGACAUUCUUACACGGUCAUAAUGGUGUACUGGAGGCUUAUGUUGAAUCUCAAGUUUCAUGUCUUGUCACCAUGAUUGUCUCAAAUUUCAUGUCUGAUUGCCAUGAUCGUCAUGCUAUCACAUGACUUUGUGUGUUUCUGACGGAAAGUGGACGUUGACAUAAUGUCACAUCAGUCAAAGUGGCACCCAAGUUGACAUAAAAAAAAAAUAACAUGACUCUACAAAUAUUACAGAUGAAUCUCAUUUCUUGGUUGUUUCAAAGUAUGUUUAUCUCAUAAUUGACCAUCGGCUCGUCACACCGAAGACCCGGGUUUGAUUCCCCACAUGGGUACAACGUGUUAAGCCCAUUUUCCGGUGUGCCACGCCGUGAUAUUGCUGGAAUAUUGCUUAAAGCGGCAUAAGACAAUACUCACUCACUCAUAAUUGGCCAAUGGACUUCAUGUGAAUUGUUUAUGGCAGUCCCUCUGUGUUAAUACUCUUGAUAGCAAAGUUUCCCUUGACAUCCAGAUGAUGGUCAGAUUUAUAACAUGACAUUUUCUCAUACAAACAUGGGGGGCACGGGUGGCCCAGUCGUCUAAGGCGCCGCGAUUUGCUGUGCAGAGUUGCGUCCCUUGGGCACGCCAGAAACCUAUGAUUGUGGGUUCGAAUCCCGGUUCGCCCCAAUUAUGUUUCUAGGUUUGUCAGCACCAUACCCGUGCUCGUAGGUUUCACCGAAGUGGUAAACGUCUGAGACCUGCAUCACUUCGGGCUUUCCUCCCACAUUAAGCUGACACGCCGCGAUAUAACUGGAAUACUGUUAAAAGCGGCGUUAAACCCAACUCACUCACUCACUCAUACAAACAUGGCUGCUGAAGAGAAACAUGGCAGGCGAGAACACAUCACUACAAGCAGACAUGACUGGUCUGCACUACCCUGCCAGGGCUCCACAUGUUCAUAGUCCUUGUUGACUGCUGUGCACAAAGUACCGGGCCGAUGAUAAUCUGGCUGGGACCAAACUAUGGUGCUUUUUCUGCAAACAGGGACCAUGAAUUAUCUCCAAAGGGGUCACUUUUAUAGUGCUCUAUGGAGGACAAUAAAAUCAAAAUGCUUAUGACUGCUGAUGCUUUAGGAUGUGGCUGUCUGUCAUGUGAGUCAGAAUGGUUGUUACUGAUUGAUGAUGUGCGACAUGCUGCUUGUCUGUGUUGAUGAUAGAACCAAGAUAGCCCCACCAUUAUAAUGAUUAUACCUGUUUAACGAUGAAUACUGUGUUGGAGGUCCUAUGUCACAACUCCAACUGCUGGGAGGUCUUAUGUAGGAUCUCUCACUGUGUUCGGAGCUCUUAUGUAGGAUCUCUCACUGUGUUCAGAGCACUUAUGUAGGAUCUCUCACUGUGUUCGGGGGCCUUAUGUAGGAUCUCUGUGUGUUCGGAGGUCUUAUGUAGGAUCUCUGUGUGUUCGGAGGUCUUAUGUAGGAUCUCUGUGUGUUCAGAGCUCUUAUGUAGGAUCUCUCAAUGUGUUCAGGGGCCUUAUGUGGGAUCUCUCAGUGAGUUCGGAGGUCUUUUGUACAUGAUGUAGGAUCUCUCACUGUGAUCCUAGGUCUUAUGUAGGAUCUCUCACUGUGUUCGGAGGCCUUACCUAGGAUCUCUCACUGUGUUCGGAGGCCUGUGCAGCAUCGCUCACUGUGUUCAGUGACCUAUGACUGGAUCGGUUACACUGUUUCAAAAGGUCAUAUAUCUGGUUCCUAAUACACUGCUCGGAGACAGCUAGACAGUGUGCCCCUUACCUUGAGGUUAUUUUCUAUAUUGUUUUUACCAAAUAAAUAAAUGAGACCAAUUCACCACAUAUGACCACUCAGGUGCAUAUUUUGUGUGAAAAUGUUAUUUUUGUAAUCCUUUUUCAACAAGAAGACUUGUUGACAUAACUUGAUAGUGAUUUUGGAACACAUUCGAAACAUUUAUAUUGUUCCCCGUCCUUGUGUGUAUGAGGUGGACUCCCUCAUUAUGAUGUACAUAGGUGUGUCUUCCUACCAGCUCCGUGGUCUAGCAGAUAGAGCACCUGCCCAGAGAGAGGGAGGUUGUGGGCUCGACCCCGGCCGCAUUGUACCAAAAGACUUUUAAAAGAUGGUACUUGUUGUUACCCUGCCUGGCGCUCAGCAUUAAUGGGAUAAAACAAGGACUGGUCAGCCUGGAGUCAGUACUUGUGUCUAAGUGGGGUACCCAUAUUAAAUUGUGACAUAGUAUCUCAUGAGCUGGUACUAUAAAACCGGUAUUUUAGUCCGGACUACUACAAGCAGCCACUAAGACACAUAUAAAUGUACAUGCAUGCAUGUUGUUUUAGAAGUGGAAGAAUCUUGAAUGUGGCAUUAAACCCAAAUUUUACCUCACCCUGCAUCCAGUUCAUGGAUUACCAAAGAUACAGAAAAGGCCAGAACAAAUUAGUAAAAUAUGAAAAAAUAGUUGGACCAUGUUGACAGGCCUGGUGACUUGGUUGAUUGUGUGUCAUUGUAUCAAUCACUAGUUUGCCCGAUCCAGACUCAACUACUUACAGAUCGUUGCCAUGUGGCUGGAACAUUGCCGAGAGCGGCGUUAAAUAAAAAACAAAUGCAUGAAAGCAUGUGAUCAAACACUCCUUUACGUGGUGGGAUGCAUGAAAGCAUGUGAUCAAACACUCCUUUACGUGGUGGGAUGCAUGAAAGCAUGUGAUCAAACACUCCUUUACGUGGUGGGAUGCAUGAAAGCAUGUGAUCAAACACUCCUUUACGUGGUGGGAUGCAUGAAAGCAUGUGAUCAAACACUCCUUUACGUGGUAGGAUGCAUGAAAGCAUGUGAUCAAACACUCCUUUACAUGGUGGGAUGCAUGAAAGCAUGUGAUCAAACACCUUAACGUGGUGGGAUGCAUGAAAGCAGGUGAUCAAACACUCCUUUACCUGGUGGGAUGCAUGAAAGCAUGUGAUCAAACACUCCUUUACGUGGUGGGAUGCAUGAAAGCAUGUGAUCAAACACUCCUUUACGUGGUGGGAUGCAUGAAAGCAGGUGAUCAAACACUCCUUUACGUGGUGGGAUGCAUGAAAGCAUGUGAUCAAACACUCCUUUACGUGGUGGGAUGCAUGAAAGCAUGUGAUCAAACACUCCUUUACGUGGUGGGAUGCAUGAAAGCAUGUGAUCAAACACUCCUUUACGUGGUGGGAUGCAUGAAAGCAUGUUAUUGUAGGAAAGCAUGUGAUCAGCUCAUCGCCUGAAAUCAUUACAAUGUGUCCACUUAUGCAUUGCUCAAAUUCAGGUCGUAAAUAUACAUGUGCAAAUUAUGAUAGUUUCCUGAAACACAAUUGCUUUUUUUGUGAAUAAAGCUUUCAUAGACA